AUGUCCUUAUCCUCAGACCAGAACCUGGACUCACAGACUGUGUUUCCACACAGUUAUAGGGAAGGACCCAAGUGUAUUGGGUUCGCAAGUCCCAAGGGCGGCAGUGCAAUAGAGUCAUUGAGAGUGUCAAGUGUGCCCCUUGAUCAGCGGGCGGACCACCCGCUCCUUGAAGAGGCUGUGAAGCUCCUUCUGUGCUAUCAACACAAGGCCACUGAUUUCGAUAAGGAGCUGGAGGAUGCUUCGCAGAAGUUUCGAGAUGCGGCGGAGGCAGCGAAGAAAGUGGAGGCGGCCCGAUUCAAGCAGGAGAAGCCUAUUCCCCAGAAGCCUGAGCCUGAGCCUGAGCCUGACUCUGACUCCGAGUCUAGCUCAGAAUCGGAAAGCGAUGGCGGAGACGAUGUUGAGAUCCAUCCCCUGGAGGCUUGGGGGCGCUACAACUCCAAGUGGAAGGCGAUAGACAAAUCUGGGCUGGAAGAAGGGCUUCCUGUAGUAUACCAAGUGCCUUGGCCAGUGACUUCAGGCAAGCAGUGGCAUGUCAGCAAAGAAGAGGUCGUCAGAUUCUUUAAUAACAUUGCAGAUGAGUAUGGCGAGGCCGGUUGCAGGGCCAUAUUCUUGCAUGAACGCAUGCGCUGGUGCUCUAGGAAUUUCAAGGAUACUUUUGGCAGAAUGUUUUAUCAAGACAUUUGGAAAAGGGACGUGAAGAUGGUUUCUUCAGUUGCCAAGGAGUUCGAGUAG